AUGCUGUCACGUGGGUGGUUUCACCGUGACCUGAGUGGGCUGGAAGCUGAAGCCUUACUGAAGAGACGAGGUGUCCCUGGAAGUUUUCUGGCCAGACCCAGUCGGAAGAAUCAGGGGGAUUUUUCUCUUUCAGUCCGGGUUGGUGAUCAGGUAACCCACAUCCGCAUCCAGAAUACUGGGGAUUUCUAUGACCUGUAUGGCGGGGAGAAGUUUGCCACCUUGUCAGAACUGGUGGAGUACUACACACAGCAACAGGGCUCACUGCAGGACAAAGAUGGAACCAUCAUCGACUUGCGAUACCCACUCAACUGUUCCGACCCCACAACAGAGAGGUGGUACCAUGGGCAUCUGUCAGGCCCUGCAGCUGAGUCACUUCUCCAGGCUAAAGCCACUCCUUGGACCUUCUUGGUGCGGGAAAGCCUCAGCAAACCUGGGGAUUUUGUCCUGUCUGUCCUCACUGACCAGCUUAAACCUGGGUCUGAUGUUCCACCAGCUGGGGCAACCAGUGCCUCUGAGGCCCGACUGAAGGUCACACACAUCAAGAUCAUGUGUGAGAAUGGACGCUACACCGUUGGAGGUGCUGAAAUGUUUGACAGCUUGACAGAUCUGGUGGAGCACUUCAAGAAGACUGGAAUUGAGGAGAUGUCUGGCUCGUUUGUGUACCUGAAGCAGCCCUACUACGCUACAAGGGUGAAUGCUGCUGACAUUGAAAAUCGAGUGCAGCAACUGAACAAGAAGAGUCUUUCUGAGGAGACAUCCAAGGCUGGAUUCUGGGAAGAAUUUGAUAAUCUUCAAAAACAGGAAGCCAAGCACCUGUUUGACCGUCAUGAAGGUCAGAGACCUGAAAACAAGAGCAAGAACAGAUACAAGAACAUCUUGCCCUUUGAUCACUCCAGAGUCAUCCUCCAAGGAAGGGACCCAAAUAUACCUGGAUCUGACUACAUCAAUGCCAACUAUGUUAAGAACACCCAGAUCAGCCCAGAUGAGUGCACCAAGACCUACAUCGCUAGCCAGGGCUGCCUGGAUGCCACAGUCAAUGACUUCUGGCAAAUGGUGUGGCAGGAGAACACACGCAUUAUCGUGAUGACAACACGGGAGGUGGAAAAAGGGCGGAACAAAUGUGUGCCCUACUGGCCAGAGGUAGGCAGCACAAAGGAGUACGGUCCCUACCUUGUGGAGAACAUUGGGGAGCACAAUGCGUUGGAGUACAGGCUCCGGCACCUCUGUGUGUGUCCGAUGGCUAAUAGUAAGGUUGUGCGUGAGAUCUGGCACUACCAGUACCUGAGCUGGCCUGACCACGGCGUCCCCAGUGAGCCAGGAGGAAUCCUCAGCUUCCUUGACCAGAUCAACCAGAAGCAAGAGAGCAUCCCAAAUGCAGGGCCUAUUCUGGUGCAUUGCAGUGCUGGGAUUGGCCGCACUGGGACUAUCAUUGUGAUUGAUAUGAUUGUGGAAACAAUCUCCACCAAGGGGCUGGACUGUGACAUUGACAUCCAGAAGACCAUCCAGAUGGUGAGGGCCCAGCGGUCUGGGAUGGUGCAGACAGAGGCCCAGUACAAGUUCAUCUACAUGGCCAUCUGCGAGUUCAUAGAGGCAACCAAGAAAAAGCUGGAAGUUAUCCAGUCCCAGAAAGGCAAGCCAAACGAGUGUGAAUAUGGGAACAUUGCCUAUCCCCCUGCAGUGAGGAAUGUGCACACCAAGGUUUCAAGAAAACCCUCCAAGCAGAAAGAGGAGUCAACGAUUUAUGAGAACUUGGGGAAAAAGGAGGAGAAGAUGCGGAAACAGCGCUCCUCAGAGAAGAAGCUGAAAGGCUCACUAAAGAAAAAAUGAUGAUACGUUGCAGGUGGCCCCAUGGGGGUUUUGAACCUCUGGUGUAGGACUGGAGCUGACAUCCAGGCUGGCCAGUUUCACAUUCCUUGCUCUUGGACUGGAACUAGGCCCUCCUCUUCACUUCUGUGCCACCUUUCAGUGCCCUGAUGAACCAGACUGCUUUGCAGCUCAGCUGACCCACUUCAUGGUCUCUUGC